AAAAGGUCACAAUCACAAACAACAGGGCGCGCCUGCGCCCACGGCUGCUCGAAAAUCAACGAACAUUUUCAAUUCCCAAAUCAAUUAAAAGUAUUGGCCAAGACUCUCUCCCCAUCUAAACCAAAUCAACCUUCAAGAUCCUCUCGAUUCCGAAUCAAAUCUGUCGGAUCUCACUUUCCAACUGUUGCAUUUCAAGAUCUUCCCCCUUUAUGGAUUCAAUCCAUAGAUAUAUAACUCCCUCAAUCCCUUUUCCUUCUUCAAAUUCAAAUUCAAUCUCCUUCUUCUUUCUUCUCUUCCUCUCCGUUUCGUAGCUAUGGUUGUUGCUGUUGAAACCACCCGUUUCCAUGUUCUUGCUGUUGAUGAUAGCUUCAUCGAUCGAAAAUUGAUCGAACGCCUCCUCAAGACCUCUUCCUAUCACGUUACUGCUGUUGAUUCCGGUACUAAGGCCUUGGAAUUUCUCGGUCUUGCUGAAGAUCAUAAUCAUGAUGAAGAAACAAACUCCUCCAAAAUCGCUCCCUCAAAUCAACAUCAUCAAGACGUGGAUGUAAAUUUGAUCAUCACGGAUUACAGUAUGCCUGGAAUGAGUGGCUACGAACUCCUUAGAAAGAUCAAGGAAUCGAAAUCAUUUAAAGACAUACCAGUUGUGAUUAUGUCAUCUGAGAAUGUUCCUUCAAGAAUCAACAGAUGCUUGGAAGAAGGAGCGGAAGAAUUCUUCCUCAAACCAGUUCAAUUAUCUGAUGUGAGGAAGUUGAGACCACAUUUGAUUAAAGAAAAAUCCACAAGGAAUUGAUGAUGAUGAUGAUGAAGAUGAAGAAAUUCUUCAACGACUAAUUUUUAUUUUUUAUUUUAGAAAUUCUGUGAAGAAUUAGAUCCCAAACUGACUUCUAUAUUUCAAUUUCAUAACUAAACAUAGAUUUUUCUUGGGAAACUAACAGAAAUGUAUAGAUCUAUUACUGUUCAAUUUUGCCUGCUAAUUUUAAUGGAGUCUUUUUUUAUAUA